UUUUCUUUUCUUUUUUUCUCGGCAAUGUGAAAUUACUUCCCGCGAGAUAAAAUCGAGAUUAACUGAAUGAAAAAUAUAAAAAUUAGAUUCGUUUUAGCUAGCUGAGGUGAUCGGAGGUAAACCGAAUACCGCUUAGAGUUUAUUAAACGUGCUAUUCUAAUGGACAUCCAGUGUGUUUCAGUCCUGCCUCGGGUGUGUGAGGUGCUAGCGGCGUCAGGAAGCUCUUUACCAGAUGACACCAGUCUGGAGAAACUACUAGACUGGUUCACAGCCACUACAAAUACUGGCGUAUCUCUGCUGGAGUCCGCCCCAUGUUUGCUUGAUUUUAUAUCCAACGUCGCCUUCAGCUCCACCUCAGGCCCCGGCAUCCUUUCUUUCACCCUCAAACUCACUGGUUUGAUUGCUGCUUCUGAGGAUGGCUUUAAAGCUCUGGAAGAGUGCUCUGUGUUGAAGCUCAUCUUUGAUCCUCAUCACUGGAAAGAAGCGGGGCUUUGGGAGGAUCCAUGCCUUCGGAUCGGUUGGAUCCAGGGCCUGAGGAAGAUGCUGCAGCACUCCAAAGCUCUCAGACUUUUUGUGCAAGCUGAUCUUAUUGAACCACUCCUCCAGCUUCAGACUGACUCAAGCCUGUUUGUUUCUUCAGCUGCCAAUCAGCUGCUGGCUCAUGUGCUGCUGCUUUAUCAGUCUCUGUCCUCUGCUGGAUGUAAUGGAGCAAAUAAAAGGGAUUUAGAGCACAGCGGUGUGAGCGAGCAAACCAUCAUAAGUUGCAGUGGAAUCAUCACAAACGUCUCAGAAUAUCUUAAAAAGUCUUUGGUCCUGAAGGAAAGUUCACACCCCCCUCAGAGUCAGCAGAUCCUCAAACUACUGACUCUGCUCCUGGUCCAGCUCAGGCCUCCUCUGCAGGAGCAGCUGCUUCUGACUGUCAUAGACUCUUUAGAGGAACUGGUGACCAAAAGAUGGAGUCUUCCUCUGAUGGACGUCAUUCUAGCUGCAAACAGCAGCCUCCAGGAUGAUUGUGUCUCAAAGCAGCAGAUCGUCCGACUUCUGUCCAUCAUGUUGUACAUGAAGAAACCUGCUGACGUCAUUCAGGUUGCAGCUGCCUUCUUACGCAGCCGCCAGCAUGAUCCCACCCAUGCUGCCUAUGCUGCUGGAGUCCUGCUGCUACCCCUGGACAUUGCUACUGGCAUCUCUCUGCUAAAAACUAAUUCCACAGGAGUUGAUCUUCGGAUUUUAAUGACCGAGCAGCUUAAGAGUAAAAGCUGCAUCUCCAUGAUCUGUGUGUGUCUGACAAACAUACCUCAGAUCACAGUAAUGGCUCCAGAUUGCCUCCCCUGUCCUCAGAGGCUGAUCGUCGCUGCAGUUCUGACCUUCCUGAGGUUGUGCCGUGGGGAUUCCUCAUCUUCAUCCACCGCCUGUGUUGAAGUAUCCCGAUUCGUUACCGGCAGCAGCAAAGUCCAGAAAUGUGCCAUGGAGGCUCUGUCCGAGCUCAGCAAGAGUCCAGAAGCAGAGGCCCUGCUGGCUGACGUCUUCAAGCUUCUGACUGAAUAUCUGAACAGUCCUGAUUCUGACCCAACCGUGCUCCAGAAGUCAUACAAGGCUUUGAUAAACUGGAUAGGUGUUUGCAGGGACUUCUCAUCCAUUACUGACCAGCUCAGAGAAGGUCUCAUGCAGGCGGUGAGGAAGCGUGCUUGUGACAUUCGCUGGGAGGCGAGAGACUCCACGGUGGAGUUCUUGGGUCAUCUCGCAGAGGUGUGUCCCAUUGGAGAGGAGAGAGAACCGUUAAAAACUCUGCUGGGCAGCUGCAGCUUUACCAUUCCUCUCCUCAAGGAGGCACUGCAGGAUCCAGAGAGUUACGUCAGAGCCAGCUCCAUAGCCACACUGGCACAGACACUGACAUUCAGCUGGCAGCAGGGGGCAGCACUAACACAGGAGCAGGAGGAAAUAGUUACUCAGCUCCAGGAAAUUCUCUCCCAGGACUCAGAGGGAUUUGCCAGGAGGGCUGUUGUAAAGUUCUUUACUGCCUGGUUCUCCUCCUGUCCCUCACCUACCUCCUGCUCGCUCCUCAUGCAGUCUGUCCCAUCCGUCCUCUCUCAGGGCGUCGCUGACCUAGACUGGGAGGUCAAACUUCACACCCUGGAGCUGGCAGAGCUGCUGCUGGACAAAACCUUUCCAGAGCGCCUUCCUCUUCAUCCCUACGCUGUAAUAUCUAACCAACCCCACACAUGUCAUGCAGGGGAAAAUGAAUCUGAUCUGCUCUGCAGCUUGAACAGUCUGGUGGAUCAAGGAGUGGUCCCAGCUUUGCUCUGUGGUCUAGUUGACUGUGACAGACCAGUUGCUCUGAAGGCCUGUCAGCUGCUGAUAAAACUCAGAGACACGGUUAGUUCUCUGUUGGUGAACGCAGCAGACCCCAGAGUUUCCUGUAUGCUGCCUGGACAGAGCUGGGUACAGGAGAUGAGAGGGAAUAAGGACGCCCACACUCAGGGAGCUCCUCAUGUUGGGUCUGAAAGCCGCGAUGAAGCAGCGGAGGAAACCCCAUGUACUGAUGGUGACGCUGUGUGUGUCAGUGUGUGUGAGGUGUUGAGGACCCUGGAUUUAGACAAGAAGCUGAGCGUCCUGAUGCAGAGCAGCGACCACAUCUACAACUCUCCUCUCUCUCUGCUGCAGGACAUCCUGACAGCCAGUACCGCUGCUUCAAAUCCCAACUCUGACCCGGGCCAGGAGGUCAUAGUGGACUGUUAUUAACAACCAGACCCAAAAAAAAAAACACACACACUGUCUUCAAGGAGGAUGCAGAAUCACACAGACCAGCUCCACUAUCACACCUUCUUUCACAUAAACUGGUGAUCUACUGUCUAUAUUUCCCAUCAAGUCGUAAAGAGUACCUGAUAUAAUGGACACAGGAUUUCAGAGGCAGAAGUGUGGAGGUUUGAAAUCUUUUUCUGGUCAAGAUGUGUUCCUUACAGCUAUGUGCCAGAAAUCUCUAACCAAUGCCUCAUAUAUAAGGAGUUUUAUCCUUGCGACCAAUCUGUACAAACAAAGAAAGACAUGUUUGCAACUCUGCUAAAGAAAUUUUCAAUAUAU